CAAUCACCGGCGCGCUUACUCGUCGAUCAGGAAGUAUCAACAUGGCAGCUUUUUGAGUUUUGGAGGAGGGGACCUGGUGUAAAUAAGGAGAUAUUAAACGCUUUGGAGGCGACGACAGCGUCGAGGUGUCCGAGGCUGGGAUUUACUGGACUUCAGGGGGGAAAAUGUCGAGUGACGGGAACAAAAAACAAUUUUGGAAAAGAAACGCAGCGAAGGUUCCUGGCAGCAUUCAGCAUGUUUAUGGUGCACAGCAUCCGCCCUUUGACCCCCUGCUUCAUUCCAAUCUAAUGAAAGCAGGCAACAAGCCCCCUCCAGCCACACCAGGCAAACCCAAGAAAGCCACCACCUUCCAGGAGUUUGAGAGCAUCACGAGCGACGCCUGGGAUGUCGGGGAUGACGACGACGAGCUGCUCGCCAUGGCCGCACAGAACCUUAAUAUCGAGGUGGUCAUGGAGACGGCAAAUAAGAUGCAGAAGGUGAGCGCGCCGCCCUCCACAGACAGAGGUCUCUGCCCCACCGGCCGCCCGUCAUCCCACUCGUAGCUCGCAUGGCCGACCAGAACACAUCCGGCACCCCGGUCAUGACGGAGAGGGAAGCGUCCCGUUUGGAUAAGUUCAAGCAGUUGUUGGGAGGACCCAACACAGAUCUGGAAGAACUACGGAAACUCAGCUGGUCUGGAAUCCCACGGCAGGUUCGACCAAUAACGUGGAAGCUUCUCUCUGGUUAUCUGCCAGCCAAUGCGGAAAGGAGAGAAAGUGUUCUACAGAGGAAGAGACAAGAAUAUUUUGGCUUUAUUCAGCAGUACUACGACUCGCGCAACGAGGAACACCAUCAAGACACGUACAGACAGAUUCACAUUGACAUACCAAGAACUAAUCCUCUUAUUCCUCUUUUUCAACAAGCUUCUGUUCAAGAGAUAUUUGAGCGGAUCCUGUUUAUCUGGGCUAUCCGUCACCCGGCCAGCGGCUACGUUCAGGGCAUCAACGACCUGGUCACACCUUUCUUUGUCGUCUUCGUCUUUGAGUAUAUCGAGGAGGAAGUGGAAAACUUUGACGUGUCCAGUCUUGAGGAAGAGGCUCUGAGGAACAUUGAGGCUGACAGCUUCUGGUGCAUGAGCAAACUGUUGGACGGCAUCCAGGACAACUAUACAUUUGCUCAGCCAGGCAUUCAGAGGAAAGUCAAGGCCCUGGAGGAGCUGGUCAGCAGGAUUGAUGAGUCUGUGCAUCGCCACAUGCAGCAUUAUGAGGUGGAGUACCUGCAGUUUGCCUUCCGCUGGAUGAACAACCUCCUGAUGAGGGAGCUGCCGCUACGGUGCACCAUCCGGCUGUGGGACACCUAUCAGGCUGAACCAGAGGGCUUUUCUCAUUUUCAUCUCUACGUGUGUGCGGCUUUCCUGGUGAGGUGGAGGAAAGAGAUUCUAGAAGAGCGAGAUUUUCAGGGCUUGAUGAUCCUCCUGCAGAACCUCCCCACGAUGCACUGGGGCAACGAGGAAGUGAGCGUGCUGCUGGCUGAAGCCUACAGGUUGAAGUUUGCCUUCGCCGACGCUCCCAACCACUACAAGAGAUGAGUGUGGCUUUUUUAUCGCCGCCACUCCUCCCUUUUCUGUCCCACGGGGGUCUGCUGGACUCACAUGAAAGGACCGCCCCCACCUCUCCAUUUUCUUAAUGUUUUUGUCCGGAUUUCUGUGGGCCUUUCAGCUCCUCAAACAUUGAAAUUACAGUGACUGAGGACAUGUGCACUCACUCCUACAGUUUGACGCAGAAACGGAUCGUUAAAGAUUGAAGGUUUUUCUUGGAGAUUUUGGGACGUCGGCGUCUCAGAUAAACAAGCCCCCGAGCCCGACGCAGGACUAUGAGCCCGGGGUCGGGUCUGCCUCAGAGAGUUGUUAUUUUCUGCUUAUAUUCGACACUACCCUGCCAAUUUGUUGUUUUUUUUUUCCUUACGGCUAAAAAAAGUGACUUUUUUCCAGUUUGGAGAACAAAAACAAUGGUAGGAAGGCAUUUCUCUAUGAUUUAAACACUCGUGGCCUCUCUUUUCUUGGCCAAAAUACCUUAAAAAUAUGGUUCAGCUGUUUUAAAGUGAGGCUCUGAAAAGGUUGUGAACAAAUAUCUUACCUGUUGCACCUAGUUAGUAAAUUUUUCUUCAUAACCUUUUCAUCAAGCCCUACUUUGAAAGACUGAGCUCGKAGGAACACAACCUUUUUCCAUUUUGCUUCACGAGUGGUUGCUUUUCUAGAAUUUUAUUCUCCUUCCUCCUUCUCUCAGUCCCUUUCAUCCUCCCUCGUCACAGCAACGUCACAUGGAAAGCAAACCGUAGCGCGGAGGCUGCCGGUCCAAUUCUGGUGACAUUAAACAUGAUAAAAAGCCAUCAGGAGGGAACGUUUCUCUUGUUAGAACCGCCUGCAUUCACAGCACUCCUCCAAACAUACAGUAGGACUACCUCAAAUCUCACAGGAAAACUGRAACAACAAACGUUUUAGUUGCAAAACUGCUUUAAAAACUAUUUUUCCAAAAAAAAUGCCUUAUUUAAUAAAAGUAGAACUCUCUCUCACCGCUUCCUGUUCUUUUGCCUUUCAGCUUUCCACAGAAGAGCAGCAAUCACACAUUCUGCGUCACGUUUUAAUGUAGACGUUGAAAAACUCAAACUGGCCGACGAAUCUGUCACACAAGACAACUUAUACCAACUCAUGAAACAUUUUUUAUGUCUAAACUGCUAAUAAAAGUUAAAUUUGAUCAAUUUGUUAGAGUUAAAUAAUGUGCACACCAAAAAGAAGCAUCCUGUUGAUUUUUUUUUCAAUUCCAUCUUCGACGUAGACGUCUGUAAAAUGUUCAUAAGUUGUGUCGUGUGACGGGACCUGUCCCAGGCUGUUUCUGUUCCAUAAAACACGACACCAGAAGAAGGUCAGAGUCUUCAACAGAUGAUACUUAAAAUGACAAGAUAAUUAUUAAAUACUUUUUUAAACAAA